CAACAAUAAUUUAACGCCAACCUCAUACACACCCUCCUUCCUCUCUUCAGUUCACAAAGAAAGUCAUAACCCACCUUCUCUCUCUCUCUCUCUCUCUCUCUCUCUCUCUCUCUCUCUCUGUGUCUCUCUCUCUGUCUCUCUGUCUGCCCCUCACAGACUCACACAAACAACUUCCUCCUCUGUUCUUCCUCCCCUCAGACUCAUGGAGGAAGCUCAAACUCAAACCCAAGUUUCCAAAUCUACAUUCAAGAGAAAGCAAAGAAAAACCCAGCAAAAAUCUCACAUGGGUAAUGCAGUGCAUGAAUCUUUAUCCAGCUUUAACCAACUGAGAGCAGAGUCUGCUCAACGAAGAGCCCGAAAACAGAGAAGGGAAGAGUGCAUGAAGACUAAUCAGCCCAGCGAUGUAAAGAAUGGUGGUGAAGAAGAUGGUGACAAGGAGGAGGAGGUGGAGAAGAAGAUUGAGGCAUUGCAGAGGAUUGUGCCAGGGGGGGAGUCACUUGGUGUUGACAAGCUGUUUGAAGAGACUGCUGGGUACAUAAUGGCCUUGCAGGGUCAGCUCAAAGCCAUGAAAGCUCUUGCAAGCUUUGUUGAAGGUUUGGAGAAGGAGAAGAGGAAGUUUGGAGGUUGAUUGAUUGAUUGAUUAAUUAUGGCCUCUUGCUGAUUGGGAGUUUGGAAGGUUCUUAUUAUGGUUCCAUGACAGACCAAUGAAAUCUCUUCUUCUUCUUCUUCUUUU